GAUUUUCUGUAUAAAAUUUAUGUUUGCAAAUUAUUUUCCGAAGAUUUAACAUGGAGGCUGGGACACACUUUAAUACUUCAGUAAUACUACAAACCCAAUCUGAACUACCCAGAAAUUACUCGGAAUUGUCAUCUUGUGGUUUAAAUUUAUUCUACACACGGACCCCACUCUACACAAGUUCAAUCUCAACCACACAACUCCCAUUCAGGGUAAAUUCGGGGUAUUUAAGUGGGGGGUUCAUAGCAUUUUUCUUAAUACUUUUGUGGGUUAGCUGAAGCACUUCCCAAUGCAACUGCAGACCACUUUAAUGUUUUCCAUAGUGUCUGCUUUACAUUGAUUCAUAAAUAUCAAUAACUGAGGUUUGUUUAUUUUAUUUUUACUGGACUGAAUGUACAUUUUUUAGUACUCUACCAUAAUCUAUGCGCAGUUUCUUGCACAUUGGACUGAAUAUCCAUCAUUUGUUCAUCUAUCAUGUAGUUUUUGUUGUCACAUGCUCUGUUUUCCUUUGAAACAAUGCAUAAUUUGAUUUGCAGGUGUUCCAUGGACUGAAGAGGAACAUCGGAUGUUUCUAUUUGGUUUACAAAAGCUUGGCAAAGGUGAUUGGCGUGGAAUAUCACGCAAUUAUGUAAUAUCAAGAACACCCACACAGGUUGCUAGCCACGCCCAGAAAUAUUUCAUCAGGCAAUGCAAUGCUUCUAGGAGAAAAAGACGUUCCAGCCUAUUUGACAUUGUAGCCGAUGAAUCAGUUGACACUCCCAUGGAAUCACAUGAUUUCUUCACGGUCAACCCUCAAACCGAGACACAAACAAACAACCCAUUGCCGGACCCUCCUACUUUGGACGAAGAGUGUGAAUCAAUGGAUUCUACAAACUCCAACGAUGGGGAACAACCUGUCCUGCAAAAGCCCGAUAGUUCUCAGCACUGUUACCCUGUUAUGUUUCCUGCUUAUAUCACUCAAUUCCUACCAUUUUCCGUUCCAUUUUGGCCCAGAGGGCACAGUACAGAGGCAGCUAAAAUGGAGGAGACACAUGAAGUGCUUAAGCCCACAGCAGUACAUUCAAAGAGCCCAAUUAAUGUUGAUGAGCUGGUUGGAAUGUCGAACCUCAGCAUCGGGGAAUCCCUUGGGGAUGCGGGCCCCUCCCCUCUCUCGCUCAAACUGCUUGAAGGUUCGUCUAGUAGGCAGUCGGCUUUCCAGGCUAAUCCUGGCUCGGGGAGCUCAGGUGUUAACUCAAUCAGCAAUCCAAUCCAUGCAGUUUAGAACUCUGUCUCGAGAUUACGGGGUGCUACAUGCUGACGGGAUCUAGAGAGACUUGUUAAUAUAAGACAAUAAUGUGCUGUCUGGUUUGGAUUCAGUUAUAGUUGUCUUUGUUGGAUAACCUUUAAUAAGUUUUUUAUUUCUAGGAAUUGUUAAUUUAAAAGUCAGUUAU